UGAUUGGCUACUAUGUCUGUCAGUCAAGUCUGCACAAGGCUGGUUGUGACGCAGUGAUUGUUGAUGUGAGUGUAACCCGUCAAAAGUCAGCGGUCUGCUGAGUCUGGUUAUCCGCUUCCGAACGGGUUAAUGAAAUAGCGAAAAGGUCACCAUGCAGUUCCUGGGCCGUAUAUUGGACACGGUGAGCUCCGUGUCGACUCUGUUCUCCAACCCAUACCGUGUGAGGGAUGUGCAGCUGUCGGAUUAUAAUGGCAAAGUGCUACUGAAACAGGAAGGCAGGCUGGUCUUGUACAGGAACCAACACAGCCAUUCAUGGGACUGUCUGCUUCUCUGCCCCGAAUCUUCAUCUGUGGCUCUGAGGAUGUUCCAGGUUGCUUCAGAGGAAGACGCCAUGAAUUGGUUCCCUCAGUAUGCCCUCAAACUCCGCCCAUUUUAUGAGAUGCUCCGCCCACCGCUGAAACCUGAAAUGUUCCAGCCGAUCGUAGACUGUGUGCGGAAUCACCCCGACUGGAGCUCGGCUCACAUCGCUGUGGAUACUGGACUGAGAGACUGUCUCAAACACAAUUACGUUUUGAGUCAGAUGAACGCCCGUGACGCCCAGGGUCAGACCCCGCUGCACCUUGCGUGCGAGAGAGGAGAUGUGGGCUGCGUGCGUGAGCUCCUGGAAGAGUGUCAGGCUCGCACGGACAUCAAGGACAAGAACGGAGAGACGCCCAUGCACUGCGCUGCUAAACAAGACUCUGCUGGUGUUAUAGAGGUUUUGUGUGCACAGAUGUGCGUGGGUGUGAAUGAGCUGAACGCUGCUGGGGAAACCCCAAUGCACAUUGCAUGCCGUCUCGGGAAGGUCGAGGCGGUCAAAGGCCUGCUGGGUGGCGGAGCCCGCUGUGACGUCAUGGGAAGCAAUGGCUAUCCAGUUCACACCACCAUGAAGUUUAGUGCGAAAAGUUGUGCCGAAGUAAUUUUAAACACCAACCCAAAUCAACUUCUCGCGGAGGAUCCGAUUUAUGGAGGAACACCUCUUCACUGGGCCAAGACUGCCGAGAUGAGCCGUGUGCUGCUGGAUCGAGGAUGUAAUAUCAACUACCUGAGCAAGACAGGAGAGAGUCCGUUACACAUCCUGACCAAGAGGGGGCGCUUUGAGGCCGCAAUGACACUGCUGACCCAUGGAGCCGACCCCAACAUUAAGGGUCAGGAUGGAAACACAGCACUGCACCUCGCCAUGAAGUUGGACCACAUGGACCUGAUCAAAGCUCUCAUGGUGUUUGGAGCAGAUGUGGAAGUUCACAAUGACUUGGGAGAGACACCGGGACUCAUCGCAGCCCGUACCAGCAAGGGUCCCAACCGUAAGGUGCUCUUGAACAUGCUGUGUAGUGUAGGGGCCGAGCGGUGCAACCCCCCCUCCCACAACAGCCCUGUCCUGAGUGUCGUCAAAGCUCCGCCUCCUGGCAUAGGGUUUGAUGACAUCAUGCAUGUGGCGGUAGCUGUCACGGCCAUGAGUCGUGGAUUUGCAGAGGUCGAUGGGCUCCAGACAGGAAGCAAGAAAAUGGACAGAUUGCUGUGUCUAGAUGGUGGUGGAAUAAAGGGACUGGUUCUGAUCCAAAUGUUGAUCGCUUUGGAGAAAGAAGCAGGACGGCCCAUCAGGGAACUGUUUGACUGGGUGUCUGGGACUAGCACUGGCGGCAUACUGGCCCUAGCUAUUAUACAUGGUAAAUCAAUGGAAUAUCUGCGCUGUCUGUACUUCAGGAUGAAGGAACAGGUAUUUAAAGGUUCUCGGCCGUAUGAGUCUGGCCCUCUGGAGGAAUUUCUCAAGAAUGAGUUUGGAGAAAAUACCAAGAUGGCGGAUGUCACUCACCCAAGAGUAAUGGUGACUAGCGUUCUCGCUGACAGACAUCCUGGUGAACUGCAUCUGUUUCGUAAUUACGACCCACCAGCCCUCCAAAGAGACCCUCCGUACACAUCUACAGCCACAUUUCAACCCCUUACUGUGCCGAAGGGGUGGGAAGACGAAGAUCUUUUGGUAUUAGGAUAUACUCGACCUCCCAGAAAGCGUAGGAAGGUGACGGAUGAAGAGCAAUUAGUUUGGCGUGCCGCCCGAUCCAGUGGAGCUGCUCCCACUUACUUUCGGCCAAUGGGUCGUUUUCUGGAUGGAGGGCUGCUGGCCAAUAACCCAACGCUAGAUGCCAUGACAGAAAUACACCAGUACAACAAAGCCCUGAAAGCACAGGGCCGUGAAUCAGAAGUGUGCAGGUUAGGCGCGGUCGUCUCAUUGGGCACCGGUAAACCUCCUCAGGUGGCAGUGAACUCUGUGGACGUUUUCAGGCCUUCAAAUCCACUGGAGCUGGCCAAGACCUUCUUUGGCGUCAAAGAGCUGGGCAAGAUGCUUGUGGACUGUUGUACAGACUCGGACGGUUGUGCAGUGGACCGAGCCCGAGCGUGGUGUGAGAUGGCUGAUAUAAACUAUCACAGGUUGAGUCCUCAGCUGUCUCAGGAGGUGAUGCUGGAUGAGGUCAGUGACGCAGUGUUAGUUGACAUGCUGUGGGAGACUCAGAUGUAUCUGUAUGAGCACAGAGAUGUCAUACAGACCCUCUGCCAGCAUCUACUGCAGCUCUGACAACAGCUUCCAGACUGAGGGCGAUGGAGAGGGUUUUGGCUGCUUCAUAUGCAUAACUGAUUUAUCCUAUACAAAUAAUGAAUCUGAUUACAGUUGUGUGUUUGUUGUUGUGACAUGUUCAGUUAAUUAAUUUAAAGCUGCUGUAUGUACGGUUUUGACUCUACUAAAGCAUAAAAACCAUAAUGUGUUUGCAGAUAAAUCCCUUGUGCUGUCUUCGGUCACUUUAAAAAACCGGAGCUUCACCAGAAUGGUAUGAAACUUGGUUACUUUUAUGGCACUUGAUAUAUGAACACACAAAAAAAACGAGGGCAUGAUUCGAAAAAGCUAAGUGGUUGUAAAAACAAAACAAAACAAAAAUUGUCACACGAAUGGCUCAUGGCUAAAAAUGACCGACCAUUGGAAAUGUAUGGGAAAUGAAAAAAAAUAAAAAUUUGUUCGUACAAUCUACAAAUGCAGAACAAACAAUGCAGAAAAGAACUGCACAGCAAUAAAGGGGUGAAACUCUAAAACAUGCUAAAUCUACACACCAACUCACACACGCACGUACACACACACCUAUUAACCGGUAUGACUAUAACACUGCAACUAUGUAAAUAAAAUUAAUCAUUUGACUACAGUGCAGUAAAAAGGUGGUUACACUCCAAAACAUCAGGAGUGUGAAUCAAAUGCAUCCACUCACACACACUUACUUACACACACUCCCAGACACACACAUACAAAUGUGUAUAUAUACUCAAAUUAAUUGGUAUGGCCAUAACCAUAUAGCUAAAAUGAGUCAGAAGACUGAAAUAAGAGGUUAAAAUCAGAACAGACACAAGGAAUUAAAGUUUUUUUUUUUUUUUUUUUUUUGCUCUCACCAGGAGGUGCUAUUCUGCCUUCCAAAAUUAGAUUUUAAAGGCCUAGUCUCUAUUUUAAUCUGAAAUACUGCUUUUUUUUAUAUAGAUUUUUUUUUUUCACAGGAAGAAAUGUAAAAUAAUUAUUGAAUAGAUAUUAAUUAGUAACAUAAAAUUCUCUCAAAAUACAAAAUAAAAUAUAUUCUUGAACAAAAAUAUAUUAGAUUUAUUUUACAGAAGAAAAGAAGUUAAAUUUUAGGUGUCCGGUCACUUUUGAUCGCGAAUACCAUGAGUGUGAUGUCCAAAUGAGGAACGCACAAGGGUUAAGAAACAUGCUAAGUUAACAUACUUGUUUAGCUGAAAAACAAUGCUACAGUUAUUCUCCUCAGAAAAUGUGCGUCCAUGCAGGAAUGUCAGGCCCCGUCCACAUGGAGACACAUUUCGCUGUAUACGCAUACAUUUUGUAUAAGAUAGGCGUUUUGUCCAAUCAGAUCCAACAUUUUAGGAGAGUGAAACCGAUCAUUUUUAAAAACGGGUCCCGGUGUGGAUAAAUUUGAAAAGGCCACCCUUCCGUUUUGUCUGGACAGCGGAUCCGUAAAUUUUCUGAAACUAUGACGUCAUCAGCCCAUGUCUCGCCCCUAGUCAGACACUGACUGUCUUUUUAUUAACUAACAUUAACACAAAUUAAUAAAUGUGUUGUUACAUGUUCUAAGGGUUUAUGCGCAUAGUCCAAGUUUUCUUCUGCAUCUCUUUGGUAGAAUUACAGCGCCACAUGGUGGUCUGGCAUGUGUACUACAUCGUUUUGUGGUUUCGUGUGGAUGCAGAUAUUUCUUGAAAUGAUGGGGGAAAAAAAGAUUGGAUGGCGAAAGGCUUCGUGUGGACGUGGCCUCAGUCUCUGUUUUGGUUUGUGAAACCUAGUUCAACCACUCGGUGACAAUCCUACAUAAGCCUCUUUCACACUGCACAUUGGACCCGUAAAAUUGCCAGAAAAUUGCCGGGUCGCCUUCUGUGUGAACGCAAACACGUCCUGGGAUUGAUCCAAAAGCCAGAACUAAUGCCGUAAAGGGCGUGUCGUAGUGAAGACGCACGUUUCCGUGUGACUCUUUUACCAGGCGUUUUGAAGGAAGAUCAACGUUUGCGAUGAAAAAACAUGUGCAAACUGUAAUGAAGCAGAGAUCAGUUAGUUCCUCACUUUCCACGCUGACGCUGAGAUCGUUCGCCAGCUUCAGUGAAAGUAUAAGGUGCCUAGCGUUUUCGACUCGUACAUUACACGUCACGCCCUGAUGUCACGUGUCGUUACGGGACCUUUACGGGUUGUGUGUGAAAGCACGCACAUAUCCCGGGAAAUCACUGGCAGUGUGAAAGGGGCAAAAUCUAGCGCCCCGGGAACAAUUGCUGGGACACAUUACCUCGUGUAUUUUCCAGAAUCGCAGUGUGAAAGGGGCUAUAUAUAUUAUAUAUAUUAGGGCUGUCAAAUGAUUAAAAUUUUUAAUCAAAUUAAUCAGAAUUUUCAGUGGAUUAAUCAGGAUUAAUCACUAUUUGCAAUUACACCUGAAUCCUAACCAUUUUUUUUUUUUUUUCUGAAAUUAAUACCAAAAGAUAAAUAACAAGACACAGAUACAUAAUUUUCAUGUAUUGAUUCAUCAAUAUGUGGUUCUUUUUUUCGGAAUUUCAAAAGUUUAACAUUUACUUAAUCAAAUUUACCUGAGCACUAUAUCAAACCAUGCCAUUUAACUACAGAUAGUGUAAGAGUUUUAGGUGAACCAGUGGUUAAAUAUAGCCACAUAUCUAUGAAAUUAUGCAUAGAGAAACUCGAAAGAAUGAACUCAUAAACACAAACAUGCGCCCUCUGCACUCUGGGCACUCUUGUUUUUGGGAGGUGUCUAUUUGCUCUGCCACAAUACUUUAGGAUCGAUAUUUUCACGUUCUGAAGGCUUCAAGUGCCAGUAAAACCAAGUAAAAAUGCAUAUGCUUUUCCAAACAGCUUUAAUUUUCGCUGCAUUGCAUGUAUGCGUUCUGCGCAUGCGCAGUGUGAAACACAGGACGCUAUAACAGGAAGAAGCUCCAGCGUAUCAACUACCAAAGUCGUCUCUGUUUAUCGAGCUUGGCAUGAAUGUAUUUGAGAGUAACUGGGGUAUAACCUUAAGCUUCUUCUGUGUUUUCGUCGCGGGGCUCGCUGCUGUUUUCGCUGAGAUCGACGAGACUUUCCUUACCUAAAUAAAUUGUCACACUGUGCAUGCGUGAAAUGCGUUAAAAAAUUUGGCGUAAUUAACGACAAACAACUAAAUAACGGCGUUAACGCGCUAUUUUUGACAGCCCUAAUAUAUAUAUAUAUAUAUAUAUAUAUAUAAACACACACACACACACACACACACACACACACUCACUCACACAUAAUAACAUGCUUUCCCCAUAUGUUUUGUAGGCAUCAUAAAUACCAAAUUGGAUCAAGGUUAAUAUUACAACAUACAUAAAGGUUUCAUAGUGUAAUUUUAUAUGAUCUACCAGUGCCCAAUCCAAAAUUUGAACUGUGAUAUAUUUUUAUAUUGCAAUACAUUUUAUUUAUGCUAAAUUGCUAAGUUAGCAUGUUCUGUGUUUGUCAUUUGGUCUGAUCAAGGUGCAGUCGGUGCUUCCUUUAAAGCAGUAUUUUUACUCCUUGUUUAUCGAUAUGUAGCUUAAUUUAGUUUAUUAUAUCAUGUGUGACAUUGGAAGGGAAACUGACUUUUUUUUUCCUGGAAGUUUAUUGGACUUGCGACGAUAAUGGUCAAACUAUAACCACUGUGACUGAAUACCGAGUAGUUCCUUUCAUUUACUAAUUGUGAUGCAUUUAUCCUUACACUAUGAAAUGAUCUUCAUAACAUUUCUGUGUGCCGUCUCUCUAUCAUUUGUGUAUUUGUCAUGUCAUGUAUAACCUCGCAUACUUGCACAUUUGAAAGCAGCCGCUGGUAUUAUCUGUGAAGUAUAGCUAUGAUGUAUAAAAAGUAUGAUCUAAGAAAAUGUAUAAUAUACUGAUCAUUUUAGCAACUAAUAUGCAUCAAGUAUAACUUUUAAACCUCUUACAUUCUCAUUUGCCUUGUUGUGUUUUUGUUUGGUUUAAUGAUAUUUUACAUAUUUACAGUUCACUUUUCUUCAAAAACUUGGUGAUAACUUAUACUUGACACUGGACUUACAGAUCUGUUGUUCAGAGACCAAAAUAAGCAUUUAUUCACUUUAUACCUACUGUGUAACCUGCUGCUGUGGCACUGAUUUGAACCCUUUUGCUGAAGUGAUGUAAACUUAAAAUAAAAAAAGCACAGAUGAUUAAUAAAA